AAGAAAUCCAGCUUUUAUAAUUUCGUCAGUUCCUUCCGUUCGAUCCGAUUGCCUGAAGAGAAUUCCACGAAAUUCUUUCGAUCCUGUUUUUCCUUUUUGGCAUUUGCGUUGUCUGAGAUCUCGCAAUUCAUUCAGCAUCCUAAUCUGCGGUGACGAUGAGCACGGUUUUUGAAGGCUACGAAAAGCGGUACUGCGAGCUCUCUGCGGCUCUGUCGAAGAAGUGCUCCGCGGCGAGCCUAUUAGAUGGAGAACAAAAGAAGCAAAAAAUUUCAGAAAUCAGAUCUGGGCUGGACGAGGCAGAUGAGUUGAUUCGGAAGAUGGAUAUCGAGGCUCGUGGUUUGCAGCCUAAUACUAAGGCAGUGCUUCUAGCGAAGCUGAGGGAAUAUAAAUCUGAUCUGAACAAUUUGAAGAGCGAAGUAAAGCGAAUCGCGUCGACAAACUUGAACCAAGCUGCUCGAGAUGAGCUGCUGGAGGCAGGGAUGGCUGAUACAUUGGCUGUAUCAGCCAAUCAAAGGGAUAGAUUGUUAGUGUCGACUGAAAGACUGAAUAACUCUAGUAACAGGAUAAGGGAAAGCCGAAAGGUCAUGCUGGAAACAGAAGAGCUCGGCGUGUCGCUGCUUCAAGAUUUACAUCAACAGAGACAGUCUCUCUUACACGCAAAUAACACGUUGUUCGGUGUGGACGACAACGUUGGCAAGAGCAAGAGGAUCAUAAACAACAUAUCGAGUAGGAUGAAUCGAAACAAGUGGAUCAUUAUCGCGAUAGUUACCGUGCUGGUUAUCGCAAUCGCCGUCGUCUUGUACUUCAAGCUCUCUAAGUAAACAAAAAGAACCAACAUCAUAUGGCUAUUGAAUUGUACUGAAGUUUGAAGUAUUUUGUCGUUUCUAAUGUUGGCUGUGAUUUGUAAAUUUCGAGUUUGGGAUUCUGCAUCUGAAUGAGAACUGCAUUGUUGUAAUCAAAUUUAUUUCGAAUUGGGGAUUUUUGUACUUACUUUUCUGAGUACAGAAGAGGGAUUUCAAACUUGA